AUGCAGGGCCAUGAGUCCUGGUCUGCGCCACAGAUUAGAGAGGUGGAGGCAGCAUUGACGCAGUUCCACAGCCAACAGGUCUCCGCGGUUCGGGGGUCUCUGGAAGAGCUGGCAAAGCGCGCGGCCGGCGGCAAAGUCUUCCCCCAGGAAGAGCUGGAGAAGCUUGCCGGUGCUGACGUGGCAGACCAGAUGCAGAGGAACGUGGCGCCGUCUCUGACCAGGACGGCCAGCGGAAAGAGUGGCGGCUCGUCACCCGCACAGAGUCCCCGACCUCCGAGGUCCCCUCCUGUGAGCAACGGCAAGGUGGCCGCGCGCGUAGCGGAAAACCUUGCUGUGCGCGUCCCAGCCCCCAUCUCCGAGGAUGAUGAUUCCAUCAAGCAGCGAGUGACGCCGCCCUCGCACAGGAAAAGCCUGGAGAGCUUCAAGAGGGGUGGCGUGGAGCUGUCGGGGGCCACUGCUGGCAACGCCCGCCGGAUGAGGGAUGGCAUCCGCCAAAACUUCAUCUUCAGCGAUCUGGAGCCCGCGCUCCGAGAGGAGAUCAUCGACGCGUUUACGGACAUUCGCAUCGCGCCAGGAACGGAAGUCAUCAAGCAAAACGACAUGGGUGACAACUUCUACAUCGUGGACGUUGGCGAGUUUGAGGUCGUCAAGCAGGAGGGAACGGACCCCCCGGUUGUGGUCAAGGUCAAGGGUCCCGAGGAGAGCUUCGGCGAGAUCGCGCUUCUCUAUGACUGCCCCCGAAACGCGACGGUUAGGGCGCUAACCCACGGCUUACUGUGGUUCGUGGACCGGGUGACGUUCAAGAGCAUCAUCCUGCGUCAUCUGACCGAGUCCAAGCCGGCUCAGAUCUUGCGAGAGGCCCCUGCGCUGCACAAACUCGCGACCCGUGAUGUGGUCAACCUCUCCAACCAGAGCAAGACUGAGCUCUUCUCGCGUGGGGAGUGCCUCAUCAAAGGAGGGAGCAUCAUGGAGAAGGUCUACGUUAUCGCGGAGGGCCAAGUCAGAGUUACCAACGGCGCGCCCCCUCGCGCCGGCAUGCGCCAGGUGGCGGUCUCUAGCGCUGACACGGCGGCCGUUCUGGGCCGGCUGGCGGUGCUCGGGGAAAGCAUGCUGCUGAGCGGAGAGCAGAUCAGCACCUUCAACUACGUGGCAGCUUCCGACACGGUUACCGCGAUCACGAUCGACCGCGCGCUGUUCGACGCGCACAUUCUGGGCACCGUACGGCGCGGCCUGCAGCUGCAGCUGGUGACCGUCGCGCUGCAGCGCGUGCCCGCGCUCUCCGACCUCAAAGACGACCAGCUCGAGACCCUCGCCGAAAGCUUCACUGAGCAGUCCCUUCCCUGCGGCAGUGAAGUCACUCGCGCCGGAACCGUUUCCGGCAACCAGGCGCGCAUCUACAUCGUCCAAUCUGGGCGGAUCUCGCUCGCGAACAUGGGCGAUUGGCCCGGCAGCCCCUCGGGGGGCAGCUCCCCCUCUAGUUCGCCCGGCCCAGUCCUCACCCGCUCAAAGACGUCGAACUCAGCAGGAUGGGGUUCUCGCAUCGGCGGCAUGUUCCGCAGCGAAAGCUCCCCCAAGGCGGGCGGCGGAAGCGCCCCGGGCAGCCCCAGCGGAACCGCGCAGGGCCUUCCGGUCACCGGAACCAUGUCCACCGGACACGGCAGCAACUCGCCGUCCCGGUUCAAGCUCACCGAGCAGCCGUUCGACGAAGCGGACUCGAAUUCGGACGAUGAGGACAACUCGGAAGCGCCCGGAGAAGCGUCCGAAAAGGUCGGGGCGUUGCGCCGGCCGCUGGGCAUGCAACCGGUGAAGCUGUCGAGGACGAACACGCUGCCGUCGCCCACCGGAAGGGCGCCCAUGACGCCCGUGCUCCAGUCUACUCGGUCGCUGCAGACCGCCAAAGCCUGCGUCACGACGUACGGUUGCUUCGGCGACGAGGCGCUGCUGGGGGGGACCCACAUCAUCUGCUCGACGACGGCCGUCGUGGAAUCCGGCGACGGCUCUGUCGUCCUUUCGAUCUCCUUGAGCGAGUUGACAGCCAUCCUGGGGCCAAUCCAAGAGAUCCUCAUGAAGGCGACCAACCUGCGGGUGCUCAGGUCCGUGCCGUGCUUGGAUUACCUCACCGAGAGCGAGGUGGAGGUUUUGGCCACGGCCAUGGGGGUGGUGCGCUUUGCCCCAGGCGAAAACAUCUAUAAGGCCGGGGAACCUGCGGACCGGAUGUACGUCGUUCGCAAGGGCACCGUCCAGGAGAUGCCCGCCGCGUCGGCCGGCGGCCGCGGCGCGCGCAGCAGCUGCGAGGGGCGAGCGUACGCCAAGGGCGCGUUCUUCGGGGAGAGCGCGCUGAUCGGGCCCGGCGUGCGCAAGGAGACGGUCGUCGCGGGCGGCCUCGAAGCGCGCGGGUUCCAGGAGCCGAGGAGCCCUGUCGCAGGCCUGAAAGAGAGCGGCGGCCGCAGCGGGGGCUCCUCCCCGACCGUGCCCGGGACCGUCGAGCUGUACUAUCUAGAUCGGGCGGUUUUGGAGGCGAACCUGGGCCCGCUCGAGGAAGUGCGCGAGCAGCGGCGGAAGGAGGACGAGCUCAAGGGCAUCGUCAAGGCGAUUAAGCUGGAGGAGUUGGAGGAACUGGGGCUUCUGGGCACAGGUCUGUUUGGCAAGGUGAAGCUGGUCUAUAACAAGCGCACGGGCGAGCACUACGCGCUCAAGUGCGUGAGCAAGACAAAGGUGGUGCGGAUGCAGGAGGAGGAGCACCUGCGCAACGAGAAGCUGCUCAUGAGCGAGCUGGAGCACCCCUUCAUCGCGAAGCUCAUCCGGACCUUCAAGGACAAAGACAACGUGUAUCUGCUGCAAGAGUUGACUACUGGGCGGGAGCUGUUCCUGUUCAUGGAGAAGGCGGGCCGGCUCAAGGAGUGGGAAGCAGCCUUCUACGCCGGCGGCGUCUUGUUGGCGCUGGAGUACAUGCACGGCAAGGGCAUCGUGUAUCGGGACCUGAAACCGGAGAACACGCUGAUCGACGAGAGCGGCUACCCCAAACUGAUCGACAUGGGCUUCGCCAAGCGGCUCGCUCCGCACCGGAAAACCUACUCCAUGUGCGGAACGCCGGACUACAUGGCGCCGGAAAUCAUCCGGCGGCAGGGCCACACCAAGGCCGUCGACUACUGGGCGCUGGGUUGCAUGAUUUUCGAGAUGGUGACCAACACCAGCCCCUUCAACAGGGGGGAUGAUCCGCCGCAGACCGUCUUCCAGCGCAUCACGGAGGGCCGGCUAAGCUUCCCGUCGUACAUGACGCCCGCGUGCGUCGACAUCAUCCGAAAGCUGCUGGACCCAAACCCGGAAACUAGACUGGGCUGCGGGAAGAAUGGAGCGAAGGACAUCAAAGACCACCCCUUCUUCGCUAAGGAGAUCAACUUCAACCUGUUGAUCCGCUUGAAGGAGGAAGCGCCGAUGAUCCCACCCAAGGUGGACAAUUUCGGCGACCUGUGCAUCGACGAGGACGUCCGACAAGACGAAAUGGACGCCCCGCUGACAAAGGUCGUAGACCACUCCUACUGGGACGACAUCUUCUAA